UUAAAGCUUGGUCUAUGAUGAUGAUUUCCUCCAAUGAGCGCGGGAGGCCCAUAUGCAUACAUUAUUGAUCGUUUAAAUCUUUUUGCAUGUGCAAACUGAAUUAGUCUGUCUCUUUAUUAUAUAUUUUGUAGUGGCGUGGUAAUGAAGUUUUACAAUCUAGUUUUUGAAACGUACGUCCCCACCACUACAUAUAUGCAAACUGAAUUAAUCUUUUGUUAUAUUUUUUUGUUGUGCUCCUUCUAUAUAUGCAGUUUUCUUAAAAGAUUUCAAGAACAAAAGUCGAACGAUCACUGGUCUAGUUGCAACUUCAAUAUUCGUCGACCAAUGGCUCUAGAACAAAUAGCUGAAGUAGUCCAAAAUGGAAAAAUACUUGAUGCAAUUGAAGAUGAAUUUAAUGGUGUCAUCGUUGAAGUGAAUGAACCAAUGGAUCCUAAACUCUUUCAUUCAAAACUCAAAACGUCGGUUUCGCAUUGGAGACAGCAGGGAAAAAAAGGUGUUUGGAUCAAAUUGCCUAUUAAACUAGUGAGUCUCGUUGAACCUGCAGUCAAUGAAGGAUUUUGGUAUCACCACGCUGAACCAACGUACAUAAUGCUAGUGUACUGGAUUCCUAAAAGUGGCAACACUAUUCCUGCAAAUGCCACACACCGAGUUAGUAUUGGUGCAUUUGUCAUGAACCAAAAAAGAGAGGUGUUAGUUGUAAAGGAAAAGAUAGGAAAGACGUUGAAGGGUAUGUGGAAGUUCCCUACUGGAACUGCUGACGAGGGAGAAGAUGUAUGUGAUGCUGCUGUGAGAGAAGUGAAAGAAGAAACUGGAAUUGACACGGAGUUUGUGGAAAUACUUUCUUUCAAGCAAAGCCAUAAGGCAUUGUUUGGGAAGUCAGAAAUUUUCUUUGUGUGCAUACUACGACCCAAAACCUUUGACAUACAGAUACAGGAAUUAGAGAUAGAGGCAGCAAUGUGGAUGCCAUUGGAGGAGUAUAUAACUCAAAAAUACGUCCAAAGUAACGAGUUCAUGAAAGACAUCACAGAAAAAUACAAAGAAAAAGUGGAUCUUGAUGAAGUUCACACUGAAUUUUCAAUCAUAAAAAAAAAGUUCACACAGAAUUUUCUCCUCUCCUUGCGGGCUCUGGUUUCAUCGUUGAAGUAAUAUUAAGGAGCUAUGCCAAUAACAGUACAGCUUUAUUUGCUGCAAUAAUUAGCCUUCUAUUUUUUUAUUCAUUAAUGUGGCAGUGAUAAAAAGAAUAAAAUAGUUUAAAAAUAAAAAAAAAAUAAUAAUUGGCCCAUGCAGGUUUCGAACCUGCGACCUUCGCGUUAUUAGCACGACGCUCUAACCAACUGAGCUAAUGGGCCAAUUUGUCUAUUUAAUUUCUGUUUUAAUAUAUUUACAUUCUCUGACGAAUAAUGGGCCA